AUGCUCAGCCUUCCUAUGCUGCUGCUGGCCCUGCUGCUGCCCCUGCUGUGGGCAGGGUCCUUGCAGGAGGAAUCAAGCUACUGGCUGCUGGUACAGGAGUCGGUGAAUGUGCUAGACACACUGUGUAUCCGGUCUUGCUUCUUCUCCUACCGCCAGGACGGCUGGAAGCCCUCCACCUCCCCUUACGGCUACUGGUACCGGCAGAGGGACACUCACAGAGUCGACCACAAAACCGAUGAACUUGUGGCCACGAAUGACCCCAGCAAGAAAGGUGCAGUGACAAAGAAACAUCAUUUCCAGCUCCUCGGGGACCCUGGGGCUCACAACUGCUCCCUGAGGAUCGAAGGUGCCCAGAGGGGGCACAAGCUGACACAGACCCUGGACAUCCACAUUGCAGAGGUGUCUGGUCACCUCAGCUGCCUGGGUGGUGGUGAGGAGGACGGGCCAGCUGCGUACCCAGCCCUCACUGUGCCUCUCCUUCCAGAUCCUCCUCAGGGCUCGACCCUGCGCCUUACUGGAGCAGGUGGCACAGAACCCAGACCCCUAAAGUUGGAGAUGCCCAGGGUGAAGCCUGGGGACGCGGGGCGCUACACCUGCCGAGCACAGAAUGAGCUGGGCUCCCAGCGUGGCACCCUGAAUCUCUCAGUACAGUAUCCUCCUGAGGACCUGAGAGUGACAAUGUCCCAAGCAAACAGCACAGUCCUGGAAAUCCUCAAGAACGGCACAUCCCUGCCUGUCCUGGAGGGCCAGAGCCUGCGCCUGGUGCAGAUGGAGCAUGAAGGGGACUUCACCUGCCACGCAGAGAACCCGCUGGGCACCCGGAGUGUCUCUCUGUGCACUUUGGUCCCCAAUUGCUGGAACCCUGGUGCUUCCAGGAGGCUGAGGGUCUGGGCUGCCGCUGAUCCUCCCAUGCCCUGCUCCUUCCCUGGGCUGGCGGCUCGGGGAGACGCUGCUGGAGGGGAACAGCAGCAACGCCUCCCUCACGGUCUCCACCAUCUCUGCCGGCCCUGGAUCAGGGCGAGCCUCCAUGACAGGCUGAGCCCUGGCCUUGGGUUCAGCUGCGAGGCACAGAAUGUGCCCGAGGUCCAGAACGCCACUGUCCUGCUGCUCCCAGGACACCCAGGCCGUGGGGCAGGAUUCCCACAGGGGACCAUGCUAGGAGCUGGCGUCACUGCCGGGCUCUCUCUGUGUGCCUGCCUCAUCUUUUCCAGGAUGAAGACUCGCAGGCAGCAAGACAGCAGGAUGGCCGCUGCGAGGAAGGGCGCACCGCCUGGCCCUGCUUCUGUGUCCAAGGGUCACAGCCAGGACAAGUGUCCAGGCAACUUGGACAGCCCAGCCCCUUCUGCAGGAGUGAGCAGCCCCGGCAAGGAGCAGGAGCCCCACUACAGCACCCUCAGCUUCCAGGAGGACCCCAGCACCUCGGACACCGCAGAGAUCCUGCUCAGGCCCUGCCCACAGGCCCAUGGCACCCACCUCAGCUGUCAGGUGACCUUCCCCCCAACUCCUGUGACCAAGGAGAGGACUGUCGAGCUCAAUGUCUAUUUACUGGAAAUCCUCGGGAACAGUACAUUCCUGCCUGUCUUGGAGGGCCAGAGACUGCGAUUGGUGUGUAUUGCCCACAGCAAACCCCCAUCCAGGCUGAGCUGGGCCCGGGGAACACAGAUCCUGAGCCUCUCAUGGCCCUCAGGCUCUGGGGUCCUGGAGCUGUGCCGGGUACAGAUGGAGAGUGAAGCGAAUGUCAUCUGCCACACGGAGAACCCACUGGGCAUCUGCAGUGUCUCUCUGAGCCUUUCUGUGCACUGUGAGUUGGGGAGGGGGGACCUCUGGGCCUGGGAAAGCGGACACCUGUGA